AUGGCAUUACAAACACGUCAUACGAAUAUAUUAUCCGAACCCCUUGCAUCUAAUGCUGAAUGGGUUCAUGAAAGUUCAGCAGAAGUUGAAAUUAAAUUGUAUCAUGGACAUACUGGACCAAUCAGUUCAUGCCAAUUAAUUGAAAAUAAAAAUUGGCUUUUUACAGGAUCAAAUGACCAAACGGCUCGUGUGUGGGAUUUUAAUAGUGGCAAACAAAUUAAUUCAUAUAAACUUAAUCAUGAUAUGGCAGAGAUACCAGCAGUACGGGUCAAUCAAGAAGUAACUCGUAUCUAUUCAUGUAGUUGGGAUAAAACAGUUCGUUGUGUUGAUGUUGAAACUGGCAAAGAAAUUUGGAAAGGUGUUCAUGAACAUAUUGUUACAAGUUGUCAAUUAUCUCCUGAUGGUCGAUCGUUAUGUUCAGGUACUGACUUGGAUAGUAUUAUUACGAUAUGGGAUACAACAAGUGGUCUUGAAUCAACUCGUAUACCACAUGUACAUGAAUCAACUAUAACAAGUUGUCAAUUUAAUGUAUCAGGCGAUCGUAUCAUAACAACAUCAAUGGAUAAAACAACAAAAUUUUUUGAUCUUGUCUCUCAUCGUUCUACAAUGACACUAAGUGGUCACGAAAGUUCUGUAUCACGUUGUGCAUUUAAUAGAUUUGAACGAUUAUAUGCAACGUGUUCAUGGGAUAAAAAUGUACUUCUUUAUGAUGCUACAACUGGUAGCUUUAGACGUGAAGGCCCUUUAGUGUUACCAAAAGUACAUGAAGGAUCAGUCGCGGCAUGUUACAUGUCAGAUGACGGACAGCUUCUUGUCACAGGAGGGUAUGAUUUACGAGUUGUACUAUGGGAUUUAGAAAAUAUGACACAUAAAAUUGUCUUACGGGGUCAUUCUGAUUGGAUUACUGAUGUCUGUUUAACAACUGAUAAUAAAUGGAUUGUAUCAGUAUCAAAUGAUUGUGAUAUUCGUUUAUGGCAUAUUGAAAAUUGUGAUAAUAUAAAACAAGUCAUGGAUAAUACUAAAACAGCAAAAAUGGCUCACUGUACAAGAUGUGGAAAACAGUUUUCUACAAAUAAAAUGAAACGUGAUGAUAAUGAUACAUCAUCAUCAGGUGCACUUUUAUGUGUUUUUUGUCGUCUUGAAGAAAGACAAAAACUGACAAAUGCUACUACUUAUUCAUUAAGUGAUUAUGAUCAACCAGCAGUAACUGAUCAUGAACGAUCAGCAUUAAAUGAACCAACAUCGAAGAAAUAA